CGUUUCUGAUUAAUAACAAGACUGUUGCCCCCAACGCCCCGCCCUGUGUUGGCAAGGUAACCUAAUGCGUGCUGACGUCAACAAAGGCAUCUGCUGCUGACUGAGAACGUUCGGUAACGUGAACCGUCCGCGAUUGUAAAUUGUCCGCAAUGGCAACGGAGGUCGGAUUGGAUCCGCUGUUUCUGGCGUGGAGCUGCCGCAGAAGACGAAAGUUCGAUAGAUGCGCAGAGAUCUCCACAAAGAUCUUGACAGAAAGCCCGUAUGACCAGGCGGCGUGGAGCUUAAAGACUCGAGCUCUGACAGAGAUGGUGUACAUCGAUGAGGUUGAGGUGGAUCAAGAAGGCAUAGCGGACAUAAUGUUGGAUGAGAACUCCAUUGCCCAGGUUGCACGUCCAGGAACAUCAUUGAGACUUCCAGGAACAGGCCAUGGUGGUGCACCCACUCCAGCUGUCAGACCUAUGACCCAGUUAGGACGACCUCUAACAGGGUUUGUGAGACCAAGCACGCUCUCUGGUAGACCAGAAACUAUGGAGCAGGCCAUCAGAACCCCCCGCACAGCGCAGACGGCUCGUCCGGUCACAAGUGCUUCUGGAAGAUUUGUCAGAAUGGGAACGGCCUCUAUGCUAACAAAUCCUGAAGGACCUUUUAUUAAUCUUUCUCGAUUAAAUUUGGAAAAGUAUGGAAAGAGACCAAAUGUGUCAAAGACACUAUUUGAAUACAUCUUUCAUCAUGAAAAUGAUGUAAAAACUGCAUUAGAUCUUGCCGCUCUUGCUACCGAGCACGCUCAGUUCAGAGACUGGUGGUGGAAGGUACAGCUGGGAAAAUGUUAUUACAGGCUCGGUUUGCACCGUGAGGCUGAGAAGCAGUUUAGAUCUGCACUCAGUCACCAGGAAUUUGUUGAUACUCGCCUCUACCUUGCAAAGGUAUAUCAGCGUAUGGAUCAACCGAUCACCGCUCUGCAUGUUUUAAAGCAAGGCCUUGACCACUUCCCGGGUGAGGUCACCCUGCUUACAGGAAUUGCCCGCAUCCAUGAGGAAAUGAAUAACAUAAGCUCGGCCACAGAGUACUACAAAGAAGUUUUGAAGCAGGACAACACACACGUCGAGGCUAUUGCCUGUAUUGGCAGCAAUCAUUUCUACACUGACCAGCCAGAGAUUGCUCUGCGCUUCUACAGACGGUUGCUGCAGAUGGGAGUCUAUAAUUGCCAGCUGUAUAAUAAUCUGGGUCUGUGCUGUUUCUAUGCACAGCAGUAUGAUAUGAGUCUGUCUUCUUUUGAGAGAGCUUUAUCUCUGGUGUCCAGUGAUGAGGAACAGGCGGAUAUCUGGUAUAAUCUGGGACAUGUUGCAGUGGGCAUUGGUGAUUUGACGCUGGCUUUCCAAUGCUUUAAACUGUCCUUGGCAUUCAACAAUAAUCAUGGUGAAGCCUACAAUAACUUGGCCGUAUUGGAGUUACUGAAGGGUCGUAUUGAGCAGGGUAAAGCUUUCCUCCAGACGGCAGCUUCAUUGUCCCCUCACAUGUAUGAGCCGCACUUUAAUUAUGCUUCCCUAUCUGAUAAGGUUGGUGAUCUUCAAAGUAGCUAUAUGGCAGCUCAGAAAUCCGAGGAUGCUUUUCCUGAGCAUGUGGACACUCAGCAGAUCCUGAAAAACCUCAGACAGCAUUUUGCCACACUAUAAAAUCAUGUUAUUGUCUGUCAUUUGACUGGUGGAUCUGGUAAAGGGGAAUUAUAAUGGUCAUAACUAUAUCAUGGUAUCAGAUGUUUCUCAGAACUGCUUGCACAUAUAUAUUUAAGGAUGUUAUUUGAAUAAUUCCUUUUCGUGCUCUAAUAAGGUCUACCGUUUCACGCAUAAUUGCAUGUAUUUAUUGUAAUAAAACAGCUGCAAUUUUGAAAAA